AUUUGGUUGAGUUAGUCAACAUGGAAACUAAAGUAAUGCUUAUGACAAAUAAAUUACUAUAAAUGGAGCACAGAAUUAAACAAAUAUGCAUUGUAUAUCUUGCGUAGAAAAUUUGGAUUUGAUAAGUAUCCCUAAUCAAUUUUCCAGUCUCCGGGUCUCCUGCCCACGUUUAUCGCAGCCAUACAUGACUCAUCCUCUGCAUAACAUUAUGCAGGGAGAUGCUCCCAAUUCACGGGGGUAGUGUGUUGUGGGCAGGAGAUCCGAAUUCCUAUUAGAAAUUGUUUUGGUUCAGACACCUGAUGAGAUAACACAUGAAGUCAAUAAUGAGACAAAAAAAUGAGGUCAAUAGGGAAGAAAUCUUAGAAUUCGGCCAAAUAUGAGAUUCCCAUGUGUUUGCAUUCUGACAUAUACAAUUCCUAACAUGUGGUGGACCGAGGGCGAAGGGUCCACUGAAUGCGCUCUCCAAUCUUGACUCAUACACCAACUAAAAAAAUAUCUUUUUAACCACAGAAUUCUAACAAACGCAGAGACUUGAGCUCUGUGUAGAGAAUGUCUACAAAAGGAUCACAGUAGAGAAAACGAAAUACAGUAAGUAGAAACUGCACUGAAUGACUGAAUUUAAUAUUUUUUAAGUGCAAGAGCUAAUGACUGAAGAAGUGAAGUUGAUUGGCGCAUGGGUAAGCCCUGUUAGUCUCAGAGUAGAGCUUGCUCUGAAACUGAAGGGGGUGAAAUAUGAAUACAUAGAUGAAGAUCUCUCUAACAAGAGUCCUCUGCUUCUGAAAUACAACCCUAUUCAUAAGAAGGUCCCUGUGCUAUUGCACAAUGGAAAGCCGAUUGCUGAAUCGGCAGUUAUACUCGAAUACAUCGACGAGACGUGGAAAGGCUAUCAAUUGUUGCCUGAAGAUCCUUAUGAAAGAGCCGUGACCCGUUUCUGGGUCAAAUUCAUAGAUGAGAAGUGUAAUGCAACACUUUGGAGGGCUUGUUGGAGUGAAGCAAGUGAGCAAGAGAAGGCCAUUGAAGAGGCAAGRGAGAAUCUGAAAAUACUAGAAAAUGAGCUCAAGAAGGGGAAGAAGUUCUUUGGGGGAGAUAACAUAGGAUCUGUAGACAUUGCUGCUAUUUAUAUAGCUUUCUGGGUUGGAGUCCUUCAAGAAGUAGUGGGAAUAAGCUUGAUGGACGAGGAGAAAUUUCCCGUCUUACACAAAUGGAUCGAGGAGUUCAUUAAUUGCGAUGUUGUCAAGGAAAAUCUUCCUCCCAGGGAUAAAUUGUUUGCUUACUACCAAGGUCAUAAGGAAACCAUAUAUGCAAUCGCGUCUAGGUUUUAUAAAUGAGUUGAAGUUCCAUUUUUCUAACACAAGCUCAAUCUUGUUUAACAAUUGCUUCUUAUGUCUGUGUAUUGUGCUGUGUUGUUCUGUAGCGUAUUGUCUUUUCUGAAAACUUUAGCUGUAUUGGGAGCUUGUCUACUGUUGUGAACAUCUGUUUUCCACUGUUGCAAAAUUGAAAAAUUCAGUUUGGAGUUCACAUCAACAGUGAUACCCGUAGAUUGUAGUAGUUCUUGUUCACAUUAUUUCUUCUUUUCUCAAGUUCUGGUGGCAUGGGUUCAACAUU